AUGUAUGCUCUGAUACUCUGCGGAAGGAGGUCUAUUGAGUUACAGAAAUGGGGUAAUUUGAGUGUUUCAGUGAAGCUUUUCCAAAAUGUGUUCUCUGCUUUUUCCAAUUCAUAUUCCUCUGCUAGUGUGACCCCUCGAGAUGUUCGUAAAGGGAAGAACUUUACUGUCUCUUACCUCGUUGAAUCUCUGGGUUUAGCUUCGAAGAUCGCUGAAUCGAUCUCGAGGAAAGUCAGUUUCGAGGACAAAGCAAAUCCUGAUUCUGUUCUGAAUCUUUUUAAGUCUUAUGGUUUCACAGAGUCUCAGAUCGGCGACAUCAUCACGGAUUAUCCACUGUUGCUUAUAGAAGAUGCUGAGAAAUCUCUUGCUCCCAAGCUUCAGUCUUUGCAGUCCAGAGGAGCUUCAAGCUCUGAGCUCACUGAGAUUGUUUCCAAAGUUCCUAAAAUGCUGGGAAUGAAAGAGGACAAAACCAUCAGCGUAUACUAUGAUUUCGUCAGAGAGAUUAUCAAAGCUGAUAAGAGCUCAAAGUUUGAAACUUUAUGUCAUUCUUCUCUGCCACAGGGUAGUGCAAUCGAGAACAAGAUCAGAAACGUAUUGGUUUUGAGAGAGUUAGGUGUUCCUCAGAAGCUCUUGUUCUCUAUGCUCAUCUCCAAUUUCCGUACCGUGUGUGGGAAAGCAAAGUUUGAAGAUACCAUUAAGAAGGUUGUUGGGAUGGGUUUUGAUCCAACCUCGUUAAGGUUUGUGCAAGCUCUAAACGUUGUUUACCAAAUGAGCGACGAAACAAUGCAAGAGAAAGUCAGUGUGUAUAAAGGUUUAGGCUUUGAUGUGGGAGAGGUAUGGGAGAUGUUCAGGAAGUAUCCGCCAUGCAUUGGUUUUUCAGAGAAGAAAAUAUUGAGCUCCGUGGAAACAUAUCUGGAGCUAGGAUUCACUAGAGAUGAGGUUACGAUGAUGGUCAAGCGUUUUCCUUCGUGCAUUGGGUUAUCUGCAGAGACGGUGAAGAGGAAGACUGAGUUUCUUGUGAAGCAGAUGGAUUGGUCGCUGAAGGAUGUGGCUUCUCACCCACAGGUUUUUUCAUACAGCAUGGAGAAGAGGAUUGUGCCGAGGUGUAACGUUAUCAAAGCUCUCAUGUCCAAAGGAUUGCUCGGAAGUAAACUCCCUUCAAUGUCGCCUGUUUUGUCGCGUACUGAUCAGACAUUCUUAAACAAGUAUGUGUUGAAGCAUGACAAGGAGCUUGUGCCUGAGUUGAUGGCUGUCUUCACCAGAGUUCGCCAUGGUUUCUAG